AUGCUAGUCAGUAAAUCAAUCCCCAAAGGCCUCGAUGCUACGCAAUUCCGUUUGUAUCGUUUAGUUAACUGGCGGCUAACCCGACUCUUUCCAACCGCCGUUCUCUUCUACCAGGAAAUUUCUUUCGAUCCACUUGCACAUGCUAUAAAUCAAUCACCAAAGGCCUCGUGGAUUGAAAUCCAGCGCGUCGAAUCAGGCGGACCUUUUGCAGCAGCGCUGUUAAAAGUCGUUCAACAGAGCGCUUGGACCCAGCAUGUCGCUGCACCCACCAGAUACCGCGCAGGCCAACUACCAUCCCUCUUGGAUUUGGUCAUCACCAACGAAAGACACUUCGUUGAUCAGGUAACAAUUAACGCUCCACUGGGGCAUAGCGACCACUGUGAACGACAGCCACUGACCAACAAGAACAAAACCGACCCGGGAAACUUGGGCAAAAGCCUCGAUUCUGUGUAUCAAUCCGUCGGUGCGCGCUCUAUGAAAAGUUGGUUGCCGUUGGUGCGGUACAAGACGUUCGCGAAUCGCACAAGUCAGGACAUCAAAUUCGAUCAAAUUUUGAGGACCAAACCAUUGACGACCCACACUUCCCCUACAAACACCAAUACAUUUUCCACUCCGCUCGUCUCUAAACCAAUAUACAGCCCACGGAAGCGAGUUAAUGUGGUUUCGUUCACUCCGGGUACUGAUGGUCAGGAGCUAAUUACCAAGUCUCCAGAAAAGGUGACAGCAGGUGCCAACGAUCCUCCCCCCGACCCGGUCGCCUCUUUCCAGACCAAACAUGCCUCAGAGGGUUCUCCAACGCCCAAGGCAUUUGAUGUGCCAGUUCUUGCUGUUACUGCGGGUAAUAUACAGGCUCAUGUAAUCACAGGCACUACUUCGACGUCAUGUUUUAAUGUCCUUUACACUUCACAAACCCCUAAUCCAGUCACAGUUAUGGGGAAGCGGUCCGCUGAUACAUCCAGUCGGCAGGGCGGUGCUAAAGGGCAAGCAGGGGUGAUAUUGCAAGCUCCCGAUACGGCCCCUGCCGGCAAACCUGUUCCACCUAACCAACGGAUUAAAUCUGCUAAUAAAUCACAACCUCCCGUGCCAGUUACGAGAGUGGCGUCUCUUGCUCGCGAACCAAUUGUAACCAGAAAACCGCCAUCCGUCAGGCCUGAACUCCAGCUGCCUAAUUCCAGACCUGCCCCUUCCUCCAACCCUUCCGCCUCGGGCAAUCCAACGAGCCCUACUUGCAAAGCUAUCCCACCAUCGCGAGCCACAUCAUUUCCCCCGCAGUCCUUUCGAGAUGUGAGUGAACUUCCAGCUACGAAAUUACAGCCAUCCUCUGUCCACAACGGAAAAAGGAAAAGAGUUGCGUAUAAUCCCCGCCCUUGGCAGAAAGAACUGGACCCAGAAGAUGGCUCACCAACGAAGCAGCCCAAGUUGCCAAACUCGCGAACCAACCCAGGGCUCCUAACCACCAACCCUACUCUGACUGCAGUACAUUCCCUCUCCUCUACUUCACGUCCGGAUUCCGCAACCCAACCUACAUCAGUUCCCAACAAAACGUCUCCUGGUAGCAACACCAGCAAACCGGCAGUGAUUUCCAAACCGGUGAUGGCUACCAAUCGGCCACGCAACUUUGAUUUUUCCGACAGCGAGGGAGAUGAAGCGGGAAAACUACCACAGGCAAUCAGUCGAACAAAACUCCCACGACUCACUUCACUUAUGGGCGGUCUAAGUCACUCACCACCCAGUCCUGCUUCUGUCAAAGAGCCGUCACCACAUCCCAGCGAUAAAGACCAAGAGGAGCCAGAGGAGGCGGAUGAAAAUGAGAGUGGUGAGUUGGAUGAUGAGGUCGAAGACGUCAAACCAUGGUUUUGUCCUGCCAGUCGAAGAGAACCACAACGAACCACCACAAAGCCGACUACUCAGAUGUCCUGUCCGGCCGGAAGCAGGGUUGAAAAAUCACAGAAGCCACUGUACACGGUGGUGCGCAAGGUUAGUGAAGCUCACGUUUGUCAGGAACGGGGUGAAACCCAGCAUUUACUGGAUGAUGUGGAGUAUCUCAUCGAUGGUCUGGCGGACCACAAUCAAGCGAACACGCGCGCCUUGAGUGUGCUUACUCUCGCGAACAAAUGCUUGACGGCCUCCUUCCGGUAUCUGAUAGGCGCCCAUGGAUUGGUGAAACGGAUUUGCGCCAACUUGCACGAUGCCUAUAAGGACUAUACACUGGCGCUUACCGGAGCCGGUCUCUUCUUCAUCCUGUCUCGUGACCGGGAUCCGAAUAUAUUCGACGCGGAAUCACUACCAGUUGUGAUCAAACUGCUCCAGGCUCCUGACUCUCUUGCAGUUGAUAAUGCUGGAGGCGCACAGGCGGUUGCGCGAGCGAACAAAGAGGCCGACCGUGUACGGACUCGAGUCCGUCAGCUGCUCGAAGGUUUACAACAACAACAGCAGCAACAACAACACAGUCGGAAUUCGAGCAGUAAUGCUGCAGCCGAGACCAGUUCAGCUUCAUCCCAACCGACUACUGUUUCACCAAAACGCCCGAUUUUGUCGACUGCCUUGUCAGCUCCAGCAUCCCUGGCUCCGGCGCCCCUGACGGCAGGCACGGCGGGGCUGAACACACGACAUUUGCAAAUGACACGGCAAUUAACGGCUGCCGAUCUUGUCCUUGAGUCCAUUUUGAAUCUUGGUACUCGGAAAGCUGCCGACUGGUUCAAAGCGGAACUGCGUCAGGGUGGUGGACUGGAUCGCGUUGCGGAUGCUGCUUCAGAUGCUGUGGACUACUUGGCUGACUUAGACCCUACUGAACGUGGGCGACAUCGUUCCAAAUCCGUUUGGCGUUCCAGUGCCAACCCUACCGGACUGGAUGGAUUCGCACUGGACAAACUGAGACGUGUGUGUCACUACACAAAACUACUUGAGAAUGUGGGUUUUUCCGAGUUUAUGUCGUGGACAAUCGGGUUUCUUUUUAUAUUUUCCAGAGCUCAGCCUUGUUUUUUUUUUCAUUGUAACCGUCUUUCACCAUCAUUGUUUGACCGCCUCUGGCUAGGUUCCACUCUUCACGUGGUUGUGAGAAAAGAGCCCCUUGAGGAAGUCGGUCGACAGGCAUACGCAGCACGUGGCCGAGCCAGUGCAACCUAUGCAGUGAUGACCUAUAUGAACACGGAUAACCAAACCUACCUCGUACGCUAUCGGGACCGAAUGCUGGUCAAUCGUUUUAUCCGCUGCAUCCGUGUGUGUGCAUCACAUUUGCCGAAACAGACUACACCAGUUCAACGCAGUACGACACAAGUUAGUGACCUAGGCAAAGGCAGACCAGACAAGCCGCCUGCCGACCAGCUGAUUUUAGUCGAUUGCCUGCUCGGAAUCUUCCGCUUUCUGAUGACCUAUAUGAACACGGAUAACCAAACCUACCUCGUACGCUAUCGGGACCGAAUGCUGGUCAAUCGUUUUAUCCGCUGCAUCCGUGUGUGUGCAUCACAUUUGCCGAAACAGACUACACCAGUUCAACGCAGUACGACACAAGUUAGUGACCUAGGCAAAGGCAGACCAGACAAGCCGCCUGCCGACCAGCUGAUUUUAGUCGAUUGCCUGCUCGGAAUCUUCCGCUUUCUGGUGAACGUGUCACACAAUGAAUUCGCAAGUGAUCGUCUCGGCGGAUGCCCUGGUCUACUGGAGACCAUCCUUGAAUGUGUGCUCAAUCUACCUCCACGGUUACCGACCAAUAAACGUUUCGAUCUCCUGGUCCUGACACUCUGCUUACUGGCCAACCUCUGUGAACACUGUCCGGAGAAUCGAACGCGACUGGUCCACUUGGACAUUCCGAAACCACCAGUUGAACAAGACGAGGAAGCCGGCCUGUCAGACGAGGAAGAUGAUGCAGAUAAUGAGGAUAGUAGCAGUCGUGAUCGUAUUCCUAUGACAUCAGCUCUGGAUGAAAUUGUUCACCUAUUUUUGGUUCGUGAAGAACAAGCUCGGAAUCAUGACUUUGAACGGGACGAUGAGGAUGCAGCUGCUGCCGAAGCGCGACGACGAGAACAGCCCCCGUGGAAUGCAUCAGGCGAUAUCGGGCAACUAGAUCCUCUGGGCCAGCCAACCCAUGUUGAGGAGGCUGGUCUGAAGUGGCGACUGAUUGAGGAUCGAAAGGCGGCUGGAAUGCUUUCUGGCGGCCGACUACCAGGUGGACGCCAUCGAAAGAGCUCUAGACAGCGCCUGCGCCAAAGACGCCGUGAGGAACAUCGUCGUGCUUUGGCUCUCGCGAAACGCUCCACAGAAGGCAGUGAGGAGGAUGAAGACGAUGAGGAGGAAGAGGAUGAAGAAAGCAGUGAUGAAGACGGUGAUUUCUUGAAUGAUAUGGAUGACGACGACGAUGACGAUGAUGAUGAUGAAAGCGUUGGAAGCGGAGCCGAUGUGGAGUUUGUUGCGGAAACACAGGAAGAACAAGAAAAAUUGGCCGAACACAUGUCCCAAGCUCAACAACACAUGGAAGAUUCUGUGGUUGCUGCCUACGUGGCUCUAUUAAUCGGCUGUAUCAUCCAGUCUAGUCGCUUGUAUGCUGAUAAAAUCCGUGGGAAACUUCCUGACGGUCAGUUCCGUCCGCUAGCGAUCAUGUUGGCCAAACUGCUGAGUUUCCUCUCGCUUACCAAAGGCGUUGGUUCAUCCGGCUCUGAAACGAUUCUUCGUAUUGUUCGGAUCUUGGAAGCUCAAGACAACGCCAAAAGCAUUGGGAAUCCCUGCCUAAACGGCAGCGCAUGACAGUCCAUGUCUGCUUCACCGAACUUCGGCCAUCAGUAAUUGCGUUUGCGCACCCCUUGAUGUAUCUACCACUCUCUCUCUCUCUCCACUCGUGUUUCACACGUUUUGUACGAUUUUUUCUCUCUCUCCAGUUUCACACGUUUUGUACGAUUUUUCGGUUCAACUGUUACCGUGUCAAUCUUUUCCCAAGUGUACAGUGAGUGUCAUAACAUCAUGCUGUUGUGCCCGGGUCCCACAAUCACUCAUCUCUCCGGCAAUUGGAGAAUAAGGCUCGCGUUUCUUGUACAGAAAGCAUUUGCCGACUCACUCUUUCUCAACUCCGGACGCUCUUUUUCUCGUUCCCUAUUUUCCCAUAUUCUCUCUGAUCCAUCUUUCUGUCAGCCCUCACACCGGAGCAGCUCAUCUGUACAUAGCAUAUUCGCCCCGAUCGAAUUCGGACAACACGAAGCUGUUUGAUUUACGAAUGUUGACACGGUUCAUUCGUUUUGAUUCCUUUCGCCUCUGUCCUCAUCACCUUGCACUAUUUCAUCUACCAUCCACCUUGUCAGGCUCCUCCAUCCUUUUUCCACGGGGAGCUCUAUUUGCCCUGUUCCUCAUCCACUCCUCUUCUAUCUAUCUGAGCGAAAAUUAACACGUGCACACCAGGUGCUUUGACACGUCAGUGAUGUUUCCCGCUGCGCAAGUUGUUCCUGUUUGUGUUUAGGUGGAUGUUUUUGAACACCAGAUAACCAUAAUCAUUAUUUGAGUAGAAAUGCAAAAAGAUAGUCC